AUGGCAUCGAAGAAGCCUCAGGCCGAUGAGAAGCGGCCAGCACGAUCGACGUAUCAUGAAGAUCCCCGGCAGGUCAUUGCGGACUCUGAGAGCAGUUGGCUGACGUUUGUACAACUUCUGUUUGUUCUGACGAUAGCCAUUACGGUAUAUACGCUUGGUGGCGUCGAUGUUGUGCCUGAUUUCUGGAAGUACUUGACGAAGCCGUCGCUGUCCGGAGCCGAGAAGGUGCUGGCUGAGAAUCCAUUGAUCGAUGGCCACAACGAUCUGUUGAUUCUGCUCCGAGCGAAGUAUGGGAAUCAAAUCUAUGACAAGAACUUCACCAAGCCGUUCGAAGAUGGCGGCAUGAUCGCCCACUUCGACCUGCCUCGCGCAGACGAAGGCAAGAUAGGCGGGACAUUCUGGUCAGCUUGGGUACCAUGUCCCGCAGAUGGCUUCGACUUCUCCGAUGAGAACUACGCCCCAUUUGUCCGGGCCACCUUGGACCAGAUCGAUCUCUACAACCGUCUAUCAGCCAAGCAUCCCAAAUACUUCACGCUGCCGAAGAAUGCCGCCGAAGCAGAGCACAACUGGAAGAAAGACGGCAAGCUCAUCUCACCACUAGCAAUCGAAGGACUCCAUCAAAUCGGCAACUCAAUCGCCACGCUACGUCUGUACCACGAACUCGGCGUCCGCUACGCCACUCUCAACUGGAACUGUCACAACCGCUACACAGACGCAGCAGUCGUCAGCAUCGACGGCGAAAGUCAACGCUCCAAACCCUACUGGGGCGGCGUCAGCAAUGAAGGCCGCAACCUCAUCCAGGAAAUGAACAGACUCGGCAUGAUCGUAGACCUCAGUCACGUCAGCGCCGACACCAUGCGCGAUGUCCUCGGCGGCACACCUGAGAAAGGCUGGAAUGGAAGCGUCGCGCCACCGAUUUUCAGCCAUUCGAGUGUGUACUCGAUCUGUCCGCAUCCGAGGAAUGUCCCGGAUGAUGUGCUGGAGCUUGUCAAGAAGCGGGAUUCAGUGGUCAUGAUCAACUUCGCUCCGGAGUUCAUCAGCUGCAAAGAUGUGGCUGCGAAGAAUGGUCUGCCGCAGUUCGUGGAGGAGACGAGUACGAUUGAGCAGGUGGUGAAGCAUAUCAUGUAUGUCGGGGAGAAGAUUGGGUAUGAUCAUGUUGGGCUGGGCAGUGAUUUUGAUGGUAUUCCGACCACGCCGAGGGGACUGGGUGAUGUUUCGAAGUAUCCUGAUCUAGUGGAUCUGCUGUUGAAGAAGGGUGUCAGUGAGCAAGAUGCGGCCAAGGUGGUGGGGAGGAAUGUGUUAAGGGUCUGGCACGAGGUGGACAAGGUCGCUGCUCGGUUGCAGAAAGAGGUUGAUCCUCUUGAGGAUAAGCUGGGAAGCUCGAUUGGGCAGACCUCGAUCGGUCUCGAUGGUAUGGAUAUUCAGGUGAAGUAUGAGGUGUAG